CCCGUCGCUACCAAAAAGUGAUUUGCGACAAUCUCAAACAAGCCACUACGCACGCCUCUACAAAGUCAGUUUCAUCGCUCUGAAAGCAACCUACAUCACACCAUCCUCUUGUCAAAUCCUGCAUUCCUAGCUACUUUGGUCACAAGCGCAGGAAGAGGGGCCCGGCAAGAUGGAGCCCGUCGUCAACGUCCUGCUGGAGACCUUCCCCGGCUUGUCGCUCCCUCAGACACUCUGUCUACCCUUGCCAGCUUCGUCGACUACCGCACAGUUACUGGCCGCUAUAGCAGAACUGCUCCCGCCUAAUUUCCCAAACACCGCACGGCUGAAUCUGACCUCGACCCUGAACAAAUGCGUGUAUCCCUCGCCUACGACCACCAUCGGAGAAUUGACACACCCGUCAUUAUGCCGCCAGAAUGCCUGCAACAGCUCUCUACUCCCUCUCCGGCUAUCCGCACCAUUGGUGGGCGGGAAAGGUGGGUUCGGCUCUCAGCUCAGAGCGGCUGGUGGCCGGAUGUCAUCGCGCAAGAAAAAGCAGAAUGCAGAGCUUGCUUCAGGGAGUGCUCGCAAUCUCGAUGGGAGGAGGCUGCGGACCAUCACCGAGGCCAAAAACCUCGCUGCAUAUCUGGCUACUAAGCCGGAAAUGGACCGAAAGGAGAAGGAAGAGAGGCGCAAGAGGUGGGAACAGGUCAUCCAACUGGCUGAGCAAAGGGAAGCCGACAUGCGAGCAGGUAAGGGCCCGGAUGGGCGACGGAAAGGUCUCAGUGACGAGUGGAUAGAGACAAAAGAGGAGGUCGGAGAGAAUGUGCGAAAUGCCGUCAAGAUGGCCAUGUUGGCAAGCGAAGAGAAAGAAGACUCGAAGGGGUCUCUGGCACAAGAGGGGGAGAGCAGUGGAAGUGGAGGCUCCGGUGCAGCCAGCGACGAAGAUAGCGAUGAGGAAGAUCUGAUGGAACUGGACCCAGAUGACAUGUCCCGCCUCAGAUCCGAAGCCGAAGCUGGAGACGUCGAUGCCAUCUGGGUUCUGCAGAAUCGACUCAAGAUCCCCUCCCAUCUGCUGCCGAAGCCCAAGCAACCAGUUCGUCGGUUUGCAGGGUUUGAUGACGACGAAGACGACGUCUCCGGGAGUGACGAUGAUGAGGCAGGGGUAGAGGCAAACGUCGUGGAAGGAAAAGGCAAGCAGAAGGUCCCCAGCACUUCAUAGAUGGAGUAAACAGCCGACGCCCUCAAUCCCCGUGUUUUGCAUGCUCCCACUCAUGUUGGCACAUUCAUCCUCGCCUCUCUUGGCUCGGUCUGGACCUCGUACACUGCAGAGUAACACGCUAUCACGGAUUUGUGCAACGCAUGGGUACGGAGUUGCGCGACCAACCUCAACAUUUGGCUUAAUGAGCUGGAUGGGAAUAUACUCCUCGCCUACUCUUAACAUUAGGGGUAUGGGUAAAUCAGUUUUCAUGACAGAUUCUUCUCCCAUCUCCGAGUGCUGUCAAGAAGUACAAGAGCCCUCACUCAUUGUGUGAGGCAUUGGGGUCCCCAAGCUCCUGGUCUUCCGUUGAGAACUUCACUUAUCUCUCCCUCUUGACUAGAUUCGACCCGGUAUCACAAGAGCGGUGACUUGGAGAGAGAAAAGGAUAGGCAUCACUCUGACUUGAUCAUCUUUUUCGUUUGUCCCUUAACUUCUUGCUCCUCCUCAUCCUUUCCAUCCCUG